ACUGGAGGAAGUUAAAGACCCGCGUGGCUGAAGAGGAGCUCACAGUUCCCAGCGUCUGCUCCGGCGGUGUCCAGCGCCCAGAAUGCGGCUUCUGGUCCUGCUAUGGGGUUGCCUGGUGCUCCCAGGUUAUGAAGCCCUGGAGGGCCCGAAGGAAAUCAGUGGGUUCGAAGGGGACACUGUGUCCCUGCGGUGCACCUAUAGGGAAGAGCUGAGGGACCACCGGAAGUACUGGUGCAGGAAGGGUGGGCUCCUCUUCCCUCGCUGCUCUGGCACCAUCUAUGCGGGAAAAGAAGGCCAGGAGACGACGGAGGGCAGGGUGUCCAUCCGUGACAGCCACCAGGAGCUCUCGCUAAUUGUGACACUGUGGAACCUCACCCUGCAAGACGCUGGGAAGUACUGGUGUGGGGUCGAAAAACGGGGCCCCGAUGAGUCUUUACUGAUAUCUCUGUUCAUCUUUCCAGGACCCUGCUGUCCUCCCUCCCCUUCUCCCACCUUCCAGCUUCUGGCUACAACACGCCUGCAGCCCAAGGCAAAAACUCAGCAAACCCAGCCCCCAGGAUUGACUUCUCCUGGGCUCUACCCAGCAGGAACCACAACCAAGCAGGGGAAGACAGGGGCUGAGGCCACUCCAUUCCCAGGGACUUCCCGGUACGGGCACGAAAGAACUUCUCAGUACGCAGCAACCUCUCCUCAUGCAGCGACCUCUCCUCCUGCAGGGAGCUCCCGCCCCCCGAAGCAGCUGGACUCCACCUCAGCAGAGGAUGCCAGUCCAGCUCUCAGCAGCGGCAGCUCUAAGCCCAGGGUGUCCAUCCCAAUGGUCCGCAUACUGGCCCCAGUCCUGGUGCUGCUGAGCCUUCUGUCAGCCGCAGGCCUGAUCGCCUUCAGCAGCCACCUGCUCCUGUGGAGAAAGGAAGCUCGACAGGACAUGGAGACACAGAGGAACGAGAAGGUCUACCUCUCACACUUGCCACUGGGGAAUGGCCGGGACACAGAGGACGCCGUGAUCAACAUUGCAGGGUCCAUGGGGCCUCUCACCAUCCCUGAGCCCUCUCCCAGCCUCCACACAGAGAUCCAGUAUCUAAGCCAGACUACAGAGGAAGAGGAAGCCCCUUCCCAGGCCCCCGAGGGGGACGUGAUCUCGAUGCCUCCCCUCCACACAUCUGAGGAGGAGCUGGGUUUCUCGAAGUUUGUCUCAGUGUAGGGCAGGAGGCCCUCCUGGCCAGGCCAGCCGUGAAGCAGUGUGGCUGGCUGGAUCAGCACUGAUUCGCGAAAGCUUUCCACCUCAGCCUCAGAGUCCAGCUGCCUGGACUCCAGGCUCUCCCAGCCCUCCCCAGGCUCCUCCUGCAUGCUCCAGCCUGACCUAGAAGAAGUGUUUGUCAGCCCCGAAGCCCAGAGCGGUGGCCUUGCCCUUCCAGCUGGAGACUGGGACAUCCCUGAUAGGUUCGCAUCCCUAGGCAGGGCACCAGGCUGCUGACCCUCAGCAGGGCCAGGCAAGGCUCAGUGGAUCUGUCCUGAGUUUCUAUCUGCCACACACUCUCCUGGGCCUCAUGCCCAGUGUCAGACCUGCCUUCCUCCCGCUCCAGACCCCACCUUGUCCUCCCUCCCUGGCGUCCUCAGACUCAGUCCCAUGGUCUCCUGCAUCAGCUGGUGAUGACGAGGAGCAUGCUGGGGUGAGACUGGGAUUCUGGCUCCUCUUUGAACUCCCUGCAUCCCAGCCCUUCAGGAAGCCUGUGAAAAAUGUGACUCCUGGGCCAACCAAGACCCACCAAAACCAUCUCUGGGACUUGGUGCAGGACUCUGAAUUUCUAACAAUGCCCAGUGACUGUCGCACUUGAGUUUGAGGACCAGCGGGCCUGAUGAACGCUCAGACCCCUCCAGCUUAGAGUCUGCAUUUGGGCUGUGACGUCUCCCACCUGCCCCCAUAAGAUCUGCUCUGUCCAUGACACCAUGACCCAGCUGGGCACUCCCCUGAGGCCUGCCUAAGUCCAAGCCUGGAUCAGGUCAGGUGCACAUUGCAGGGAUAAGCCCAGGACCAGCAGAGAGUGGUUGCUUUCCAUUCACCCUCCCUGGCCAUGCCUUCUUGCCUUUGGAAAAAUGAUGAAGAAAACCUUGGCUCCUUCCUUGUCUAGAAAGGGUUACUUGCCUAUGGGCUCUGGUGGCUAGAGAGAAGAGUAGGAAACCAGAGUGCAUGUGGGUGUCUAAUACGGAGGAGAGUAGGAACAGGGCGGAUACCUGAAGGUGACUCCGAGUCCAGCCCCCUGGAGGAGGGGUCAGGGAGUAGGGGUAAAGUAGCACAACUACUGUUUUUUUUUCUUUUUCUAUUAUUAUUGUUUUUUAAGACAGAAUCUCGCUCUGCCACCCAGGCUGGAGUGCAGUGGCACGAUCUGCAACCUCCGCCUCCCACGUUCAAGCGAUUCUCCUGCCUCAG